UCACCUCUCAUCAAUAUGCCCCCUGCUGAGGGAGAUGUCUGGGGGGUGAGGUCCACUUCCACGGAGACACACGGCUCACACGCCUUCCCCCUCCUCCAUGCUAGGACUCAUCCCUUAUCAGAGCGCUAUAUAAGGUCGGCUGCUGCUCGAGCUGCUCAGUCUCCUCACGAACUCGACCAGACCUCCAUCAUGAAGUUUGCCGUUCUCGCACUCACCCUGCUCCUGGCCGUUGGCUCUCAGGCUGCUUCCCUGCAGGCUGAUGCCCCUUCCCAGCUGGAACAUGCUCGGUCUAUGGCUAAUCUCUUCUUGACCGAGUUGAAGGAGAGUACCAAAAAAGCCCUAAACCAGCUUGAUGAUACAGAGUACAAGGAAAUUAAAGUCCAGAUGAACCAGCGCCUGGACGAUUUUCACACUCAGCUUCAGGCUCUGCAGCAAUCCGUCGCUCCCAUGACUGACAGCGUUGUCGCUACCGUCAUGGCCGCCACUGAGAGUUUCCGCACUUCGAUUGAGAAGGAUAUCGAGGAGUUGAAGAAAACCCUUGCUCCCCAACAAGCGAAACUGAAGGAGGUCGUUGACAAACAUAUCGAAGAGUACCGUAUUCUUCUGGAGCCUGCGUUAAGUGACUACCAGACGAGGCAAACUGCUAACAUGGAAGCCCUGAGAACCAAGCUGGAGCCCAUUGUUGCCGAGCUGCAAACCAAGGUGGCUGUCAAUGUUGAGGAGACCAAGGCGGCCCUUGUGCCCAUGAUCGAGGCUGUCCGUGCCAAGGUUAAUGUGCAUCUGGAGGAGUUGAAGGCCGCAGCUAAACCCUACGUGGACGAAUAUAAAGAGCAGAUCAUGUCGGCCUAUGGCCAGGCAAAAUCCAUCAGCGCAGAAGACCUUGCAGCUCUGAAAAGUAAGAUUGCACCUAUGGUAGAGGAUGUCAAAGCAAAACUUCAGAGUAUCUUUGAGGCUGUCUAUGCAACCGUCAGCCACAGUGCCUAACUGACCUAUCCCAUAUCUGUCAGUAGUCAACCAUUCCACUGUUGUCUCCAUCCUUAGUUUUCUCACAUGCAAGUACGUAUCUCCCAUCCAAAACGAAGCAGAUGCCUAAUUGAUGCACUUCUUUGCAACAAAAUGGCUGGACUCUUGUUUAUCUCUCUUGUGCGGGCACCUUUCUUCAAGCAUGACAGUCACAAAUCCACACACGCUGAGCACAUGCAUGCUUUCAUUGUCGCAGACAUAGGCCAACUACUGACCUUUGAUGUGCAUUCAUUUUUAAUGGAUUACCAGAAGCGGCUCUGUGUGAUGAUGCUUAUCUCAUGAAAACUCAGCUUUGGCAAAAUACAGCUGAAUAAACAUGUUUAUUAAACCAG